AUGGAGAAACAAGUUGGUGGAGUAACAAAGAAAGGAGCGUCAAAGACUAAGAUCGUGUGGACACUUGGACCGGCGUCUAGAUUUGUUGAGACAAUCGAGAAGCUUCUCAAAGCCGGUAUGAACGUAGCCCGGUUCAAUUUCUCUCACGGCUCUCACGCAGACCAUCAAGAAACUCUCGAUAAUCUCAGAACCGCCAUGCACAACACUGGUAUUCUUUGCGCCGUCAUGCUCGACACAAAGGGUCCUGAGAUACAAACUGGUUUGCUCAAAGAAGAAAAACGAGACUCAAACAUUAUCUUCAUGAGCUACAAGAAACUUGCAAAGGAUCUCAACCCUGGUGACGUGAUCCCUUUAACUGUCUUGUCCUGUGACAAGAAUCAAGGUCUUGUUCGCUUCCGAUGCGAGAACUCUACGGUUCUUGGAGAAAGAGAGAAUGUAAAGAUCCCUACGGAGAUUGUAAUUGAUCUUCCAACAACACUUACAGAGAAAGAUAAAGAGGACAUUCUUCAAUGGGGAGUUCCGAAUAAGGUCGAUAUCAUUGCUCUUUCCUCUGUUCGUAGAGGAUCUGAUCUAGUCUAUAUCAGGAAGUUGCUUGGAAGGCACGCAAGGAGCAUCAUGCUUAUGUCAAAGAUUGAGACUCAAGAAGGUUACGCGAAUGUACAUGAAAUUUUGAAGAAAACCGAUGCCCUAAUGGUGGCUAGAGGCAAUCUUGGAAUGGAAAUGUCGACCUUGGAGAUAGAUAGAGCUCAGAAACGGAUGAUCAGGAAGGCUAAUGCACUCGAGAAAGCAAUCGUCACAGCGAUACAGAUGACACACACGCUUGAACCGAUGGCCACAUCUCCUCCUCAAGCCACCGACGACGUUACUAACGCGGCCACCGAUGACGUUACUAACGCUGUCCACGACGGAACCGACUGCGUCAUGCUCAGCGGCGUAACAGAGGCCGGAGCUGACCCUGAGAGCACCGUGCAAACAAUAUCAAGGAUCUGCAAAGAGGCGGAAAAUUCAGUGGAUUACGAAGCACUGCAGAAGCAAAUCUUAAGAACCGUUCCAAAACUGUUAACCCAAAUCGAGAGCACAGCCAUUUCAUUGGUUAGGACGAUGAUUCGCACGUUUCAAGCGAAGGCAAUCGUCGUCGUAACCAAGAGUGGAUACGAGGCGGAGCUUGUGGCCAAGUACAGGCCGAGCAUUCCUAUUGUGUCGGUGGUUGACCCUGAAGCAGCGGCUCAUGUGGCGAGUCGUUGUUUGGUUUACCGUGGGGUCAUUCCGGUGAUGUGGGCGGGAGCUUCGAAAUCGACGGAGGAGAUGACUAGAUUCGGGGUUGAAGUCGCAAAGAAGGAGGAAAUGUGUAAAGAUGAAGAUGAUGUAGUUUUGGCGUUGCAGAUGAUGGGUCUGAUGGGUCGUUGUCCUGUCGUCCUGCCUCUGUUUGCUGAUUUUGAAUCUGAUUAA